AUGGCGACAAAGGACCUGCACAAGCCUAUCUCUAUCCUCUUCUGCAAUUUGGCUUUUUCUGAUCUCUUCACCAGCUUUUCAGGCUUUUGGAUUUCGAUGCUGUUCAUCACCAAUCCUGACAUUACAAUCUUUGGAUCCAAGGAUAUGCUUGCACCUUAUGCCUUAUAUACUACAUCUAUUUUAUCCACUAUCUAUAACUUGGUGAGCAUUGGAAUUGAACGCUACCUGGCUGUGGCUGAAAGCAUGAGGACAAGAUUCAGGAUUGCUAGAAGCCACUCCAUAGCUGUGGUUUUAAUUAACUGGGUCCUUGCUUUUUUGUUGGGCUGCUUGCCUUUGAUGGGGUGGAACUGCUUGCACGUGGAAGAAAAUCUUUCUGUCCUGUACAGCCCAUUUUGUGUCAACUACCUCAUCUUCAUUGCCAUUCCCAAUGUCGUGGUGGCUUUUAUUAUACCUCUGUUCACUUACCUUAGAAUCAUUAUCAUCCUGAGGAAAAGAAAGCUGAGAAUGAAGGCGUGUGGACAAGCCACCAGCACCUACAAAUCAGCUGAAAUCCAGGUGGCCAGAACCAGUAUUUUUAUUUGGCUCCUGGCAUUGAUCUCCUACGCUCCUUUUUUCGCAGGAGUCAUAUUUGAUGCCACCAACCAUCGGUGCCAGACUGACCUUUACCCAGGCGUCUACAUCUUUCGGAACUGCACAGCAAUGCUGAUAACCAUGAACUGCUUGGGGAACCCCAUCAUAUACACCCUGAAAGCCAAAACUCUGGGAGCUAAACUCAAAGCCCUGACUUGCCUCACCACCGACCGCAUCCGAGCCUGCACCAUCGAGAACGUCUAG